AUGCUGGAGAAUCUCUGCACCCUCCCGUUGUCGGCGGACCUGUUCACGCAGGUACUGCACCCGUCCAAGCCACUCCUCACUGUCGGCUUGUCCAAUGGCCGCGUCGAGAGUUUUCGGUUACCGAGCGAGGACGACGAUGGGAACGGGAGUAGUAGCUCAAACAGCGGCAAGGGCCUGAUCAAGAGCGUGUGGAAUACACAUCGGCACAAGGGGAGUUGUCGCUACUUGGCUUAUAGCCAUGACGGAGAAUCCCUCUACUCGGCCGGCACCGACUCUGUGGUCAAGCAUUUCUCCCCUGAGACCGGCAUCGUCGUCUCAAAGAUCGGCCUACCCCCCCGCAACAGCGCCACGAGCACGACGGAUUGCCCCGCCAUCAUCCACGCCCUCUCCCCGCAAACCCUCCUCCUGGGCACCGAUUCGGGCGGCCUCUACAUCUUCGACCUCCGCGAGAACGGCAGCCUCAACCCGAAGCCAGUGCGCAAGCAUGUACCGCACGCCGACUACGUCUCGAGCAUCACGCCGCUGCCAGCCUCGGCCGAGAGCACCUCCGGCUUCUCCAAGCAAUGGGUAUCGACAGGGGGGACCACACUGGCCGUCACAGACCUCAGGGCGGGAAUAGUCGCGACGUCGGAAGACCAGGAGGAUGAGCUGCUGUGCUCCACCAUUAUCCCGACAGGGUUGGGCCCUAAGCGCAUGCGCAACAACGCCGUUGUGGCCGUGGGCACCGGCGGCGGAAUUUUGACGCUUUGGGACCGCGGCGCGUGGGAUGACCAACAGGAGCGCAUUUACAUUGCGGCUGGGAAGAACAAGAGGGACGGCGAUAGCCUGGACGCCAUCGUGCGCGUGCCCGACGAGCUCGGGUGGGGGAAGAAGGUGGUUGUCGGCGUAGGCGACGGCAGCAUGGCUGUCGUGGACCUGAAGCAGCGCGAGGUGCAGGCUGUGUUGAAGCACGACGAGAUCGAGGGCGUCGCGGCCCUGACGUUUGAUUACCAGAACCGCCUGAUUAGUGGUGGCGGCAGGACGGUCAAGGUCUGGGCCGAGUCGGGGGUCGAGAGCCACGAAGACGAGGAAGGCGAGCAGGAACCCACCGCGAUCAAGAGGGCUGCGGAUAGCGAUGAUGACUCCGAGGGGGACGACAGCGACAGCGAUAAUGAGCGUCCCAAAAAGGAGUCGAAGAAGAAGAGGAAGAAGGGCAAGGGCAUCCAAGGAAGGAGCGUGGCCUUCCCGGGAUUGGAUUAA